AAGGAUUAACCAAUCAAAUCACUGGGAUCAUUUUUCUCCAUUUUUGGGCAGAUGAGAGGAUUUCACCUUGAUGAUCGAAAAGUCAUUCAAACUCGUGAAUAGGGAAACUGUGACUUUAGACAUACUAUGAACUAGUUUGAAAAGUUCGCUGUUUCAUGCUAAGUCAAAGGGAAGUGUUAAAGCUGCAAAAUUUUACUCUCGAUCGGCUAUAAUUUUACCUAUCACGUGACUUCCGGUUUUUUGUAAACAUGGCCGACAAGUAUGAGUAAGGUGCCUGAAUAUCCAGCCUGAUGUCACUUUCUUAAUUUAUACCUGUAGAUUGAAACCUUGUAUAGCAGAUACUGUAUAUCAGCAAAAUGCCGACCGUUGACAAAGAUGAAGAAAAUGCCAUCCGCAUGAAAGUUGGAUAUAAUGGGGAUAUUCUCAUUACUAGUGUCAAUGUUGAGAUUAGCUACGCAGACUUCUGUGCUGAAAUAAAGGACAUCUGCAAGUUUGAUGACCAACAGCCGUUUACCGUGAAAUGGCUGGAUGAGGAAGGUGACCCAUGUACUAUAUCCUCCCAGUUGGAGCUUGACGAGGCCAUCAGGUUGUACGAAAUCAACAAGGACUCUGAGAUCACCAUUCAUGUUUUCCCCAAUGUGCCAGAGAGACCUGGGAUGCCAUGUCGAGGGGAGGAUCGAAACAUGUACAGAAAAGGGGCCCGACGGUGGAGGAAACUUUACAGGAUCAACGGCCAUCUAUUCCAGGCAAAACGGUUCUCCAAAAAAGCGUUUUGCUCAUUCUGCUCAGACAGGAUCUGGGGCCUUGGUCGUCAGGGUUACAAGUGUAUCCAGUGUAAACUUACAGUCCAUAAGCGAUGCCACAAGUUCCUCAAGGUGGUCUGUGGAGCACCGCUCCUUCCACAAUCGGAGCACCGACCAGAACCACCUCCCACCUAUAAUACAACCCAGUACCCAAGCAAGCAUUCCAACGGGGACAACCCCACAGACCACGGGACCUCUGUCGAGGUAGAUAAGGAGAUUUCACUCUCACAGGAGGAGGUGUCCGUUAGUUCACCUGAGUCUGAUGAUCAGUCAGGGAUGGGCUCAGGCACAGGAAACAGGACCGUUUCUAUGGACGAGUUUAACAUGUUGCGCGUGAUAGGCCGUGGCAGUUAUGCAAAGGUCUUGAUGGUGGAACAGAAACGUACGAAACGCAUCUACGCCAUGAAGGUCAUAAAAAAAGAGUUGGUUAAUGAUGAUGAGGAUAUUGACUGGGUCCAGACGGAGAAACAUGUGUUUGAGACGGCAACAAAUUACCCAUUCCUUGUAGGACUACAUUCCUGUUUCCAGACCCCUAGUAGGUUGUUCUUUGUGAUAGAGUUUGUGAGUGGUGGAGACCUGAUGUUCCACAUGCAGAGGCAGCGCCGACUCCCAGAGGAACACGCCCGGUUUUAUGGCGCUGAGAUUUGUCUAGCCCUCAACUUCCUCCAUGAGAGGGGUAUUGUGUACCGAGAUCUCAAGUUAGACAAUGUGUUACUGGACCAGGAGGGCCACGUCAAACUCACCGACUACGGCAUGUGUAAGGAAGGACUGCGGAACGGAGACUUGACCAGUACUUUUUGUGGUACCCCUAAUUACAUAGCCCCUGAAAUUCUCCGCGGCGAAGACUAUGAUUUCAGUGUGGACUGGUGGGCCCUUGGAGUGCUCAUGUUUGAGAUGUUGGCAGGAAGAUCUCCGUUUGAUGUGGUAGGAGCAGCAGACAAUCCGGACCAGAACACUGAAGACUACCUCUUCCAAGUUAUCUUGGAGAAAACUAUACGAAUUCCACGAUCAUUGUCUGUCAAGGCAGCGUCCAUACUGAAGGGAUUCCUCAACAAGAACCCCGUGGAGCGCUUAGGAUGUCACCCCCAGACCGGCUUCUCUGAUAUCCAGUCACACCCGUUCUACCGCUCAAUAAGCUGGGAGUCCCUGGAGCAGAAACAGAUCCCUCCCCCAUACAAACCCCAGCUUAAAUCUGACCGUGACCUUGAGCACUUCGACACGGCAUUUACCGAUGAGCCGGUUCGCCUCACACCUGACGAUCAGAAAGUCAUAGACAAGAUUGACCAGUCUGAGUUUGACGGCUUUGAGUAUGUUAACCCACUGCUAAUGUCAAUGGAGGACUGUGUGUAAAGGUGCCCAUGACAACGACCUUGACCAUUACGGCUUUGUGCUUCAGUACAGUCUGAACUUUUGUUACCGUAGCUGAUUGGAGGAUAGAGGGAGUCCGAGAUGGUGUUUUAUAGUAGGAUGUUUACUGACAGGACCACAAACACAUGUCCACUGUAACAGUUGUAACGCCGCCAAACGAUCAAUUGCCAAAGUAUACUUCACUAACCUUACACUGAUAAGUAUACGUCACUAACCUUACACUGAUAAGAUGUAGUUGUGAUAGUAGUAAGGCUGACAUGGUUUCCAUAGUGAAAGGAAACAUAAGAUAGUUUCUAUGGCGAUAGGGAACAUAAGAUAGUUUCUAUGGCGAUAGGGAACAUAAGAUAGUUUCUAUGGCGAUAGGAAACAUAAGAUAGUUUCUAGGGCGAUAGGAAACAUAAGAUAGUUUCUAUGGCGAUAGGAAACAUAAGAUAGUUUCUAUGGCGAUAGGAAACAUAAGAUAGUUUCUAUGGCGAUAGGGACAUAAGAUAGUUUCUAUGGCGAUAGGGAACAUAAGAUAGUUUCUAUGGCAAUAGGAAACAUAAGAUAGUUUCUAUGGCGAUAGGAAACAUAAGAUAUGUAGUUUCUAUGGCGAAUGACAACAUAAAACUCCUGUCUAGGUCAUUCGUUAUUUUACAUCUGAAUCACAACAGCUUCACCAGUGUCAGAGCUUUCUCUGUCGUCAUUGGCUGGUGUGUUGUUGACCAUGUGUAACAUGUUUCUGUAAAAGUUGUAAUACAGUUUGUGAUUUACAUGACCUUCUGAAGAUGUUUAGUGACGAAUAUGAUGUACGCACAUUGAUUACUGUGUCAUAGCAUCUCAAGGUGAAGGUCAUAACAUCUCAGAAUAUCAGGGUCAAGGUCAUUUGAGUGUUACAGCUCUGCAAAGUAUUACCAAAUUUUAGUCAAGGUAAAACAAUCUACAUCUAUACUUGCCAACUUUUUGAAAUUUUCAUGGGGGAGAUUACACAUGCUCAGAAUUAAAAGCAUAAAUAAAAUGU